CAACAAAGAGCAUCAGAGCAGUAGCAGAGACUAGGCUGCUGGGGUGUUUAGUUGAAGGGAGCAAUCGAAGAAGGAGCAGAAGAAUAGAAGAGAAGACAAUCAAAGAUCAUCCAUCAUGAGGUUGGAUCUGUUUCUGUUUCUUUUCUUAUUUCCCAUUCUAUCCUCGCCUGCGCUCUCCGCCUCCGAUCUCAUCCUCGCCAAGGUUGACCGUCGUAUUGACCUGACAUCACAAAUUGUGCGCAUAACUACUACACUAAAGGUGGAGAACACUGGAUCUGAUCCUGUGUCAGAGAUCUUGUUGUCCUUUCCUGAAAACCAGGCAAAUCACUUGGCAUACUUGACGGCGACCCUUAAUGAAGGGAAGGGAAAAGUGAAAGCAUCUGCUGGAGUUGGUUUACCUGUUGAAGUUGUUCACCCUAAAGAUGUGCCUCCUGCCUUGACAAUUUACUCUGUAUCUUUACCUAGUGGGGUUGGGAAGGGAGAUAGUUUGACGUUGGAUGUAUUGGCUGUUUUUACCCACAUAUUGGAACCAUUUCCAGAGAAAAUUACUCAAGCUGAUAUCCAGCUUCUACUGUUUCAAGAAAGUGCACACUAUCUUUCUCCUUAUGCAGUCAAGGUCCAAUCACUCACUGUAAAAUUGCCUGAUGCAAGGAUAGAGUCCUAUACAAAACUAGAAAAUACAAAACUUCAGGGCUCUGAAUUAAAAUAUGGUCCGUAUGAGAAUCUUCCUCCAUUCUCGUACUUGCCAAUAGUUAUUCACUUUGAGAAUAAUCAACCGUUUGCCGUGGCUAAAGAGUUAGUACGAGAGAUUGAGAUUUCCCAUUGGGGCAAUGUACAGGUCACAGAGCAUUACAAUCUCGUUCAUGGCGGCGCUCAGAGCAAAGGGGAAUUUUCUAGGCUUGAUUAUCAGGCCCGUCCAUAUGUAAGAGGUGCAUCAGCUUUUAGGCGUCUUGUUGCCAAGAUGCCGCCAAGAGCUCAUUCUGUGUACUACAGGGAUGAAAUUGGCAACAUUUCCACUUCUAGUUUAUGGGGUGACUCGAAGAAGACGGAACUGGAGAUUGAACCUAGAUACCCAUUGUUUGGUGGCUGGAAAACUGCCUUUACCAUAGGCUAUGGCUUACCACUUCAGGACUUCUUAUUUGGAUUGGAUGGAAAACGCUUCCUUAAUAUCUCUUUUGGUACCCCCAUUAAUGAUUUGGUCAUUGACACCCUCUUUGUGAAGGUUGUUUUGCCAGAGGGUUCUAAAGAAUUUUCGGCAUCUGUUCCAUUUCCUGUGAAACAAUGGCAGGAGACAAAGUUUUCCCACUUGGAUGUUGCCGGUAGACCUGUCGUUGUGCUGGAGAAGAACAAUGUUGUGCCCGAGCAUAAUGAGCACUUUCAGGUCUAUUAUAAGUUUAACAGUCUUUCUAUGCUUAGGGAGCCUUUGAUGUUGAUUUCCGGGUUUUUCUUUCUGUUUGUUGCCUGCAUUGUCUACAUGCGUGCAGAUUUGUCAAUCUCCAAGUCUUCUGCAUCUUAUUUGGCAAAGCUCCAGUGGGAAGAGGUGCAAGCAACUAUUCAGCAGAUCCAUGGUAUCAUUAGCCGUUGCUUGACAACACAUGACAAGCUAGAAGCAUCACUGCGUGAUCUUUCUAGGACAGGAGAUGUUCAGGCCUGUAAAGCAACCCGAAAAUCAGUUGAUGGCUCGUUGAAAGAGCUCUAUAAAGAGUUGAAGCUACCAGUGGCAUUCUUGCAUUCUUCUCCGCAAGCAGCUCAAAUAUUACCCAAGGUGGAGGAACUUGUUGCUAAGGAGAGAGACUUGCAGGAGAGACUUAUGGCAAAGCACUCUACAGUUGUAGACUGCUAUGAGAAGAAGUUAGGAGGAAGGGAAAUUGAGAAUCGGAUUGCUUCACAUCAGCAGAAAAUUACAGCUCUAAGACAGGAGAUUGAUGAUCUAAUGGACUUGAUUGAUGAGAUAUGAUAGGUGGCUAUGAUGCUCGAGAUGAUAAUGUCCUCCCGUUUUGACUUUGUAUUAUCUGAUUUAGGUCAUAAAUUUAUUGCAGUUUGAUGAUUGCGUAGAGAUAAGUAAUACUUCUGUAGAGCGGAAUUUUGUUGCGAACUAGUCUACUAGUAAUGUUAUGAUAACAUUGAGCAUAAAUAUGCUAGAU